AUGCACAACGGACACAACCCGUGUUCAUUAUUAAAACGCAAGCACAUCACCGACGAUGAGAACGACCUAAGUAUGGAGCAGGAUCAAGAAGCUCUUGGAAUCGACUGGGCUCUUUCUCAACGCACAUCAGAGCAGUCACAUUUUAAGAACCAACCACCUUACCUGUGGAAGUGUCAGGAACAUCGCUGUGUGCGUGAGGGAGCAGAGUUUGUUCGGUGGUUGGCGGGUGUUCUUCGGUCGAUGGUGGUUGUUCGAUUCGACCUGCGGUUUCAGACGGAAUAA